AACCGCCGGUUUGGAGCGCCUAAGGGCCUGGACCUGUCAAGGAGACAACGGGUGCCGGCGGUGCCCGGCUGCAGUUCCGUGGGAGCCCGCACGCGGUUUGGGGCAUGAAGGACGACUCCAAAGAGGCAUCUUUUCCUGCCGGAGGAGGAUGAGGUUCGCUGACAGCCAUAGAAGCAUGGCGAGGGGCCUGUCCGAGGACCCCGAGGUGGCUGUGCGGGGGCCAGGACCGAAGUGUCUAAAGGGGGAGUAGGUGGAGAGAAUUGUCAUGUGGUGUCUGGUGAGGGAUCACGUGAGCACCUCUUGAAGACCAAAAGGCUUGGACUUCGGGCACAAUGGAAGACAAACGCAACAUCCAGAUCAUUGAGUGGGAACACCUGGACAAGAAGAAGUUCUACGUGUUUGGUGUGGCAAUGACAAUGAUGAUCCGGGUCAGCGUCUACCCAUUCACCCUCAUCCGCACUCGGCUGCAGGUUCAGAAAGGCAAGAGCCUCUACCAUGGGACCUUUGAUGCCUUCAUUAAGAUCCUGCGAGCCGAUGGUGUGACUGGCCUCUACCGGGGGUUCCUGGUCAACACCUUCACCCUCAUCUCGGGCCAGUGCUAUGUCACCACUUACGAGCUCACCCGGAAGUUUGUAUCUGACUACAGCCAGAGCAACACAGUCAAGUCACUUGUGGCCGGUGGCUCGGCCUCUCUCGUGGCCCAAAGCAUCACAGUGCCCAUUGAUGUGGUCUCCCAGCACCUGAUGAUGCAGCGUAAGGGUGAGAAAGUGGGCCGCUUCCAAGUGCGAGGGAACCCAGAGGGACAAGGGGUAGUUGCCUUUGGCCAAACCAAGGACAUCAUCAAGCAGAUCCUGCGGGUUGAUGGGCUUCGAGGCUUCUACCGAGGCUAUGUGGCUUCACUGCUCACCUACAUCCCAAACAGCGCUGUCUGGUGGCCCUUCUAUCACUUCUACGCAGAGCAGCUCUCCUCUCUCUGUCCUAAGGAAUGCCCUCACAUUGUGUUUCAAGCCAUCUCAGGGCCCCUGGCUGCAGCUACCGCUUCCAUCAUCACCAAUCCCAUGGACGUCAUCCGAACCCGAGUGCAGGUUGAGGGCAAGAACUCCAUUAUCCUGACCUUCAGACAGCUGAUGGCAGAAGAGGGGCCUUGGGGCCUCAUGAAGGGCCUCUCAGCCAGAAUCAUCUCAGCCACGCCCUCUACCAUUGUCAUUGUGGUAGGCUAUGAGAGCCUCAAGAAACUGAGCCUCCGACCUGAGCUGGUGGACUCGAGACACUGCUACCAGAGAUUCACUGACUGUUAUAAGCGCUUCUACCAGCUGCAACCUGAGAUGACACAGCGAAUCUAUGACAAGUUCAUCACACAGCUGCAGACAUCUAUCAGGGAGGAAAUCUCCGAAAUCAAAGCGGAGGGAAACCUGGAAGCUGUCCUGACGGCCUUGGAUACGAUUGUGGAAGAAGGCAAAGAGCGGAAGGAGCCAGCCUGGCGCCCGAGUGGGAUCCCCGAGAAAGACCUGUGCAGCACCCUGGUGCCCUACCUCCUACAGCAGCGGGAUGCCCUGCGGCGCCGGGUGCAGAAACAGGAGGCUGAGAACAGGCAGCUAGCAGAUGCCGUCCUGGCCGGGCGCAGGCAGGUGCAAGAGCUGCAGCUGCAGGGCCAGGCUCGGUGGCAGGCGUGGCAGGCUCUGCACAGAGGACGGAAGGAGCUGGUGGCCAUGCUGAGGGAGCCUGAGUGAGCGGGAGAUGCCGGCCCAGGAGCAGAAGGUGGUCAAGGGCCCCUGUAAAGCUGCCUCUGAGCACAGCUGCCGUGUUGCCUAGUCCUGAGCGAUGAUGGAAUUGGCUGGGGGACGAGGUGUGAGCAGUCCCCACUGCCACUGUGCCUUGGAUCCCUUGGAGUCAUGCACACUACCUUCAGAUUCCUGGCCAGAUCCCCUCCCUGGGACUCAGACACCGUGCCUCUCCCCACCACCCCACACAGGCCUGCCGCUUCCUUACCCGCCCUAGGACCUGGCUGGGAAAUCUGUUUCCAAUCUCCACUGAUUGCCCCUUUGCUGGCCAGCUGAGGGCCGUGCCAUGUCUCUCCACAUCCGCAAAUAAACUUCCUCCGCUGCACUGUAA